GACAUCCUGCUGACCCUGCUGGAGGGUGUCCAUGACAGGGAACCCCGCUUCCUUGUGGACUACGCCAGGAACCUGGAAGCCUUUGAGUUUGCUCUCUGCGCUUCCGAGGAUGCUGUCACCGUGGAGGUCCCCCUGCGGAUCGAUGGGGAUGCCCUGCGGGUGCUGGCAUGCCAGCCUGGGGACACCCCAGCUGGGCACUGUCCAGGGCUGGGCAGCUGCUAUCUGGAAGUGCCCUCUCCGGGGACCGACUUGGAGGACUGGACCAGCACGGUGGGUGCGAUGGAGCGGGGAGGUGGUGCGGGGUGCCUGGUUCCGGGCAAAGUCCUCCAGCACCUGAAAGAGCUCCUUGUUUCUGCCAUCGUGUGCUGCCAACGCCGCUUCCUGCUUCAGCCAGGUGAUCUCAGUGCCGAAAAUCUGAAGGAAGAUGCCAUGGAGCUCUCCCUGCUGAUCCGCGGCGGCUGGAAGACCAUCCGCUUUGACAUUGUCCCCGUGGUGAGGAGGUGGCAGGAGCCGCUCCGGCUCAAGGGGCGGCAGAGUGACAGGGGCUUCCCCAAAGGCAGCCUCUGGAAGGCCACAGAAGAGGCCCACUUCAUCCCUGCCUCUCCCCAUUGCUGGAG